AUGACUAUCACCGUCACACCGGUCAAGGCUCUCAACCCACCGAAUUCCAACUCUGCCGACAAUGUUCCAAGACCCCUGACGAAAGAAGAGCUCUGGUCGGCAUGGGAACUCUGCCCUCUCCCACCAUAUCUUCAAGUGGCCGAGGACGACUUUGAUAUCCCGACUAGAUACCCAUCCCUCCGACUCACGUAUGAACUCGUGCCCCCCGCCAUCGCUGCUGAGAACCAUGCCAUCCGCCUGUUCCAGGUCCACAUCCGCGAUCAAAUCCUACGCUUCUGCGCUCCCAAUGCUGAUCUUGGAGAGUGGUUAAGGUCCUUCCUGUCUUGGAGAAACGGAAGAAAAGGGAGAAGAAGACCACGGGAGGAUUCGUUAGGGCUGUCGAUGGCUGAGGAUCAUUGGGUGCAAGGGGCAGAUUCAGCGUUUCGUUCGGGUGACCACAAAACAGCCUUAUGGAAAUACGCUACCAAAUGGUCUUACAUCCUUCCAUUCCAUACCGACGCUUUCCCCUCGGGUCAUCCCCUGCGACAGAAGAUCGGCGAAUUUGAAUCGUCUUUGUUCAACCACCUAAGCGCAUGUUUCUACCAACUAUCGCAAGACGGGGAUGAAGGCGAAGAAGAUGAGAUCCUCCGCUAUUUUGUCGACAUGUCUGUUAAAUGCGCGUGGGUGACCAUUCAUCAUCGUCAGUUCGCAACCGUGCGUUCAGUGUAUGAAGCUACUCGGAGGAUAGCCGAUCUCUUCAACCAACAUUUCCACGACUCAGAUUUCUCGUCCUCGUCCUCUUCUUCCUCAAUUGGCGACAAUGACUCGUCAAUAGACAACGACUUUAACGUCCAAGCUCUUGCCCUGGAAGACAUCGACAAAGAUCUCAUAUUCGGCAACCUGGGAGAUGAGAAGAAGACCGUGCUCGGGAGUCUGGGUCCGGUGCACUGGGAGAGUUCUCGUGGGGAGGCUGCGGAUUUUCUCGAAAUGUUUCCGCUCUGGGAUCGGAACCAGAGUGGAAAAGAGGACGCAAGGGUGAUACCCGAGAGCCUUUCGCACGAUGGCCUUUGGUCAGCUUGGGCUCUUACCACAAGCCUUGCGGACAAUGACAAGUCAAUCUCUCACCAUCCUGGGUUUUUGGGCUCUUGGCUAAUGCUGGGAACAGUGCCGCGAUUAUCUGUACUGCACAACUUCACCUAA